AUGGCGGCGGCGACCAAGGUGAUCGGGUCCGAACCAUCGGAAUGCUUCCAGUUCCAAGAGCCCAAUACCUGGAUUUGCAAUACUGAGCUUCAAAGUGAUGUGGUAGUUGAAGUAGGAGAGAUAUCCUUCCAUCUCCACAAGUCUCCAUUGAUCAGCCGUAGCGGCACGCUGCAAAAGCUGAUCAACGAGGCCACCGGCGAUGACGACGACGAGGACGGCGGCGGCAGCAAACCGUGCAUGGUCCGGCUGGACGACGUCCCCGGCGGCCCUGACGCCUUCCGGCUGGCCGCCAUAUUCUGCUACGACGUCAGGAUGGAGCUGAACGCGGGGAACGUCGUGCCGCUCCGAUGCGCAGCCGAGCACCUAGCCAUGACAGAGGACUACGGCGAGGGGAACCUCGUGGAGCAGGCCGAGGCCUUCCUCUCCCAAGUGCUGGGCACCUGGAACGACGCCGUGUGCGCGCUGCACGCGUGCGACGCCGUGCUCCCUGACGCCGAGGACCUCCUCAUCGUCCCGCGGUGCAUCGACUCGCUGGCGAGCAAGGCCUGCGCCGACCCGACCCUCUUCGGGUGGCCCAUGCUGGAGUACUACACGGCGAAGAGCCUCGAGGAGACGGUGGUCUGGAAUGGCAUCAGCACGACCGGGAAGCCGCGGUCCCUCGGCGCGGACUGGUGGUACAAGCAGGCGUCGUCGUUCAGGCUGCCGGUGUACAAGAGGCUGAUCUCGGCGGUGCGGUCCAAGGGCAUGAGCCCCGAGAACGUCGCCGGCUCGCUGAUGCACUACGCGAGGCGCCACCUCUCCGGGCUCAGGCGGCACGGGGAUAACAGCGACGGCAGCAGCCGCGGCGGGGCGCCGGGGACGACGACGGCCGUGCUCUCGGACGGUGACCAGAGGGCCCUCCUCGAGGAGGUCGUCGCGCUGCUCCCGGCCGAGAAGGGCGUCGCCCCGACGCGUUUCCUGCUCGGCUUGCUCCGCACAGCCACGGUCCUGCACGCCAGCGCGGCGUGCCGGGACGCUCUGGAGAGGAGGGCCGGCAACCAGCUGGAGGAGGCCAUGCUGGAGGACCUGCUGAUACCCAACACCGGCUACUCCGCGGAGACGCUCUACGACGUGGACAGCGCGCAGCGGAUGCUGGAGCAGUUCAUGAUGACGAGCACGUCGGCGUUCGCCGCGUCGCCGGAGAUCACGGACGAGGGACAGCUGGUCGACGCCCCCUCGGCCGAGCUCAUGCCGGUCAGCACGGUAGCCAAGCUCGUCGACGGGUACCUCGCGGAGGUCGGCACGGACACCAACCUCAAGCUCUCCAAGUUCCAGACCAUCGCCGCGCUCGUCCCGGACUAUGCCCGGGCAAUCGACGACGGCCUCUACCGCGCUAUUGACAUCUACCUCAAGGCUCACCCGUGGCUGACGGACUCGGAGCGGGAGCAGCUGUGCCGGCUGAUGAACUGCCAGAAGCUGUCGCUGGAGGCGUGCACGCACGCGGCGCAGAACGAGCGGCUGCCGCUGCGCGUCGUGGUGCAGGUGCUCUUCUUUGAGCAGCUCCGGCUGCGCACGACGGUGGCCGGGUGGUUCUUCGUGUCGGACAACGCCGACCAGGGCUCCAGCUCCGACAACUGCGUGCUGCCACGGAGCACCGACGACGACGAUGUGGAAUUCGCUGCAGGGUCGGAGACGACGGACGAGGACGGCUCCGCGGCGGGCCGGCACGUCGAGCUGUCGCCGGCGAUGAGCGUGGAGGAGGUCCGACAGAGGGUGUCGGAGCUGGAAGAGGAGUGCUCGAGCAUGCGGCAGGAGAUCCACAAGCUCGGGAAGCCCAAGAGCGCCCUGAGCCGGCUGUUCGGGAAGCUCGGGCUCAGCGAGAGGUCGUCGUCGCGGGAGCGGCGGCAGCAGCAGCAGGAGCCGCUGCCGGGCGCCAGCGACAAGAGGCGCAUGUCCUUUGGAUGUUAA